CGAUAGUAUUUUUGUGCGGUGAGUAAAAGACUUGAGUUAGUAGCAAGAAAUAGUCCCAGCAGUGAGAGUGAGCAAAACCCAAUCUAUAGAGAGAGAUAUCGUAGAGGCAGCAGAUUGAAUCAGUUAUUUGCAGGUGAUCAUCAUGGCUCGCCUAGCAGCAGCAGGAGCAGGAGGUCUGAAUGGAUUCUUUGAGACCUCCUCCUCACCCAUCAGAUUAAUUAACAUCUUUCAGUGCCCCAGAAACACUCUCAUCAUCAUCAUCAGAAGAAGAAACACAAUUAUUGGAUUUUCUGGCAACGGAGGAGACGGAACGCAAUUUUCGAGAAGGCUUGCAUUACAAGCCGCCGCUGCCGCUGCCGUUGAUCUUUCAUUGUCUUCCGGCGGUGCUCGGCAGCUCGGUCUUGCCGAGGAUAAUGGCUUGUGGCUCGAUGGUCCCUUACCAAUACCACCAGUAUACAACAGGAUUGCAAAUGAAGAAACUGGGAGCCGUUCUUUUCUGAAGAAGGGAGUUUACAUUGCAAACAUUGGGCCCAAAGGAAGUGCCUACAGGUUAAGGAAAUACGCCUUUGAUCUGAUGGGUUUAGGGGAUUUGAUUGGGCAAGAUGCUUGGAAUUAUUUGAGGAGGUACCUCCGACUCAAAUCAACAUUCAUGUACUAUGACUUCGAUACUGUUAUCUCUGCAGCGCCAACCAAUGACCAGAAACCCCUCACCAAUCUAGCCAAUAGAUUGUUUGAUAGUGUGGAGAAGCUUGAAGAUGCUGUGAAGAUGCAGAGUCUUCCCCGGACAGAAUCAUGUUAUAAAGACACCACAGCUAUACUUCAAGAGGUACAAAGUUCUAUGGAGUCAGAAGCACUGAAAUGGAAGUCUUCUCCUUAUGGCAUGGGCUUCCUCAAGCAGGAGAACUGAGGCUGGAAAAAUGUGGAACUAAGAACAGACUGCAAGAAGAUACUAGAUUUGCUGCAUCAAUAAUCAUCCAUGGAUCAUUUUGUAAUGUUGCUGGUCUUGAGGUUUCAGAUCAUGUACUAUUAACGACAUGUCCGACAAACUGUUUCUAGGAGGCUCACUCCCUAGCAAGUUGUCUUAUUUGUUUAUAUUGGAGGCAAGUUUGGAUAGGAUCUAGACUGGAAUGGUUACAAUCAGAUAAUCCAUUGUUUUAAUGGUUAGAAUCAGGUAAUCUAUUUGUUCCAGAUGUCCUAUUAGUGUGAGUUAA